AUGUUCGUCGUCUCGGACGUCAUGGGCAAGAACGAGCACGCCGUCUACAGGGGGGAAACCGUCGAUUUGGCCAAUAGCAUAGCCAAGCUCGUCCACGUCGAGGAGUUCGUCGCCCAGACCGUGUCUUUGCACGUCCUCUCCGAGUCAUCGCGCUACACUCGCAAGAACAUCGCCGUCGUCAGGUCCCUUGAAGGAAACAAAUACUCCAUCCUUCCGGGCUCUAGCGACCGUGUCUGUAAAGCGAAGAACUGCAAAGACAUGGGGCUCUAUCGCCCAGACACUCACAUCCUGCGGUGGUGCCAGUUCUGUCGCUCCUGGUUCCACGUCGACUGUCUCAAGGCAGUGCUCGCGAAGGGCCCCACCGUCCCCAAAGCAGAUCCCCACCGCCCAGACCAGUAUUACACCGCGGACGCCAUCGCGACCAGCUUCGCCGCGGGACUGAUCCAGUACGACCACUACAACUGGACUAUCUGGCUCAACCUCCUCAAGCUGCCCAUCCAACGCGGACAGCCGGGGUGCGACUACCCGCUCUCGUACGAGCUCCUCCUCGUGGCCAUCCGUGCGACCAACUCUGCCACCGGUUGCCCGGCCGACGUCCGCAACUUCGUGCUCGCCCACCUCUCCCCUGCCACCGGCCUCGCUCAUCAGACCUCCAAGCUGGCCGCCCGCCUCUACGCUUUCUCGUCCGUCCCCUCAAAGUACUAUAGAUGCCCCAACUGCACGACGGCGGUCAUCAUUUAG